GAGGACCGCACGUAGCCGUUUUGGCCUAAGGCUGUGGAGCACAGCGCCUGGAUAUUGCACAGAUCCGUUUGACCUUGCACGCUCCGCCGACCCAUCUCCCGAGGACCCACUGUCAGCCCCCGAGGAUCAUGGCGCUGAGGGUGGCCUCCGCGCUGGCUGGCCUCGCGCUCGCAGAGGCCCUCGCGGGCCAGCAGGCCCAGGAACUGCACAAGCGGGGACACACGGGCGCGCGCGCCGACAGGGCGGACGCCUUCGGGGCCACCAGGACCGACAGGAGCGGGGCCUGCGACUGCAUGAACUGGGCGGAAGUCUACUACAACAAGCACGCCUCCUGCGGCCGUGCCAAGGAGCUCUAUUUCCUCUCAAAGUACGGUUUCUCUGCCGCGUACGCCGCCACCGAGCCCAUCACGGGCUUGCCGCACAAGGUGUGCAACGACUUCUUCAAGAACUUCAAGGACGAGUCCUGCGUCAACGUAGACCUGUACCCUUUCCCGCGCGACAACAUGAGCGACAAGCAGUGGUGCUACGUGUCCAACGACUGCAACGACCUGAACGGCGGCGAGUACGCCACCAACCAGGUCGGUUUCGCGCAGGGCGGAUGGAACAACCUCGCGAGCACCAGCACACUGUCCUGGAAGAUAUGCGACCCCUCCGUGGACAGCAUCCUGAAGUACAAGUCGGUCGGGGAGCUGGUGGACCUCGGCCAGCUAAGCGACGUCAGCCUGUCGCGGCUCCUGCGGCUCGCCUACCCCGCCGUGAACAUCACCUGGGGCGAGGCCAUGUACAUCAUGGAGGCCAUCGACGAGGCCUGGGCGCCACGCGUCACCCUCGCGGAGGUGGUCGACUCGCUCCAGGCUCCGACCAGCGCCUGGGGCAGCAGGGCCGUGGACGUUCACUCGAUGCUCAGCGACAUCGUCAAAUCGGAGCAGGGAACGAUCCUCGACUCGCCGGGGCACGGGGACAACUUCCACGUGAUCAGGGGCCGCGAGGUGUGGGUCGUGCAGAGGAUCGCGCUCGGAGACAUGGCCUACCUCGGCGGCCACUUCGCCACGGAGUUCGACGUGAACUGCACCAUCGGCUGUGCCCCCGUCCGCUGGGAGGCGCCCUCCCCCGUCGACCUGGAGACGCUGUGAGAGCGCGGGCUGCCGCCGCGCGGCCAGUGGCAGGCGAGGCACCGUUCAGCCUCGGCGCGCUCGCCUGGCCGGUGGCGCCGUGAGCCGAUGGGGCUCGGGGCCCGGGCCGCCCCCCGUCGCUGAUGCCCAUCUUCGGGGCCCACGUGGUGGGGGUCAGCGCUCAUCCUCCUCUCCUGUUAUGAUGUUACAACCUACCUUUGGCUUUGAUCAUCAGAAAGAACUUCGAGCACCAAGAAGGUACCGAAAUUGGAGGGUUUUCACGUGUCGGGCCCUGGGAGGCCACACGUGUUCGACACUUCACCAGCGUGUCGGGCAGACACUGUUUCGAUACUUCUCUGGGUGCCCGAAAUCUUUUCUGGCAUGUGAUCCUUAAGUGCGAUGGGAACUACACAAUUCUGCUGUCUCCUCCCCCUCGUGGCAGCACAGCCGGGAUGACAGCCGCCCCUGCGCGCCGCAGCAGGCUCUUGCGUUUUGCGCUUCAGCCUCCGCACUGUAGGCUGGGAGCUCGCUGUGUACGAGCACCAGGGACUUGCCAGACGCCCGUUUAUGCGCACCCCCUUGUUUUUGGCACGGGAGGCGCCAGAGGCAUCACCAUCUUCAUGCCCA